AUGUCCGAAGACGCGGACGAAGCAAAGGGAGGGGCCAGCUUUGCGGAGCUGGCUACUAACAUAGUAGAGGACUGUCUGUACAACAUCAUCCACGACAUUGUGCUGCAAACGCACCGCGAAGAGAAAGUCUUGCGCAUGCAAUCCGCCGCGACCAUCGCCGAGCAAGCAGCUAUCGCCGAACACCAAGAGAAUGCGUCGGUCGCAAAGGGCUCGACGAACCAGCCUCCGAGCGUAAAAAUAGACACACCGGGUGCGGCGUACGAGAAUGGGCGUGUGACGCUGCACGGCAACCCGCUCAAAACCACGCCCGAGAUCAUCUGCCCGUACUGCAAGCUUCCCCGCCUGAUGUACCCCAUCGCAGGCACCGGGAUGCAGAUGCCCGACCUCAGCAAGACUUACUGCACACGCCAUCCCUUCGUGUCGCGGUCGGGCCACGACAUCUACAACAACCCCUUCCCAACAGACAUGGCCAAGACGAAGAAAGAGCGCGAGCUCAUCAAGCGCGCAGAAAAGGACGCCACGCCCGGCAGCAGCCAAGGCGACGGCGGCGACCAGGAAAACAGCCUCUCGAAACUCAAUCCCGGCGGCAAGCCCGCGUCCUACAUCCCGUGGCACACGUGUCCAAACUGCAAGCGCAGCUUGCUGAUAACGCGUUUUGCGCAGCACGCUGAGAAGUGCUUGGGCAUCAGCGGGAGGCAGAGCAGCAGGAAUGCCAUGGCGAAGCUGAACUCCCAGGGCGGCAGCAGCGUCGCGGGUAACACGCCGCUGGGCAGUCGGCUGGGGACGCCGGCGCCGGGGAACGCGAGCGGAAAGAUCAGCCCUGCAAAGAGGGAUAGAGAGAGGGAGAGAGAGAGGGAAAGGGAUAGAGGCGACGGCGAUGAAGGGGACGAGGGUGAAGAAACCCCCAAGAAGAUCAAGAAGAAGGGCAGCUAUGUCAAGAAAGCGGAUCGCGAGAAAGCAGACCGCGAUAAGGAGGGCCUGUCGAAGCCGUCGAAUCCGCUGAAGUUGAAGGUAGGGACGGGAAAGCGGCCGCCAAAGGAAAGCAGUAGUAGCGGCGGUGGCGGCGGCGGCGGCGAGAAAGGUGAAGGCAAGGACGAUAGCUCGAAGAGGGAACGCGACCGCGAGGGCGACGAUGGCGAUGUCCCGCGCAAGAAGAUGAAGCUGUUUAGGACCGAGAGCACGGUUUCAGAGGCGCCGGCUAAGGACGCGGCGGACCAGAGCGCUGCGGCGGCUGCUAGUCCGACGAGCACGGCGAGCUGA